AGUUAUUUUAAGUGACAGGAAAAUAAGGUUUAAGUCCAUGAAAUGAAAUGAGUUUUCUAGUUUAAUGUGGAUAUUAUUCUCUGGCAAUAAAACCGGAGUUAUCGUAGAUUGUGUCACGUGGAGAAUCAAAUAGAAUUGCCAACUCGCAGUCAACUAGGGAAAAUUCCAAGAUGAAAUCGAGAAAACAUCUGUAAUAAUGUCAUUAAAUGAUAGAUGACCAUUUUACCAGAUUCCAUAAAAAUUGAUGUAACGGAAAUGAUAUAAUUUACUGACGUUUGAAAAUGGAAAGAAUACCGGAAAUCCCAUUCCCUCCCUUUGAUGAUCCGGAACCAAAACCGGUUACAAGUAAUGGAGAUUUGGGACAUUCUGAAAGUUUUAACCUUUCAUUGUCAGACAGUUUUGUCACAGCCCAUGAUGGUUCAACGAUCUGCUCCGAUCAAUUUCGUAGCAUGACCUUUGAUAGCUUCAGAAGUUUAUCUACCGACACAUUCGUCACACCACCUGGCUCUGAAAGUUCACGCAGUCGGUACGCCGUUAGAGAAAUACCGCGCACAUUCCCUCGCACACCAUCGGAUGGCGUACCGGAAGAUCAGACAUUCCGUGAUUCUUCCGACUCCCAACAGACUGUCAAGAGUGUCAUACUCACUAACGGCAAGUUUGCUUCAGAAUCCUUCUUAGCUAAAAGCAAAAGUCAGAAUUCUUUGAAAUACGAAGCGAAACGAAUGUCAAGUGGUAACCUUAGUAGUGUCAGCAGUUCCAUAUUUUCCAAGGGCAGUGACAAAGGCAAAUCCAAAAACAAAGACAAGGCAGGGACAAGCAAGGCCAAAAAAGGCUCACGAAUAUCAUUACCAUUGUCCAAAUCGUUUCAACAUAUAUUCCGUGACUCUCAAAUCAUUAAGACUCCUGGCAGUACUAUUACUACUCCAUCGGACAAAGCAAACAGCACAGCCACCACUCCUGAUGAUAGAUCUGAAACCAAGAAAAAGAUGGGUGGUACAAGAGCUCUGCUUAUUCAAAAGGCGAAAAGUAAGAUCAUCAUGUUGAAGGUCCUAAGAGAAUUCCGGGGUCGCUCACAGACCAGACCUAUAGCAGAGAAAACGGCCAAGAUGAAGAUGGAUAAAGAUAAAGACGAGACUUCGGCAAAAAGUGACGAUAAGGACACAGAUGAACUAACGAGCUCGCCCGAACCCGAUCCGGAGAUGUUUAAAAACCGAGGAGGCCAACAGAAAUUCAUCAUUCUGCAUUAUUCACCAUUUAAAGCCGUGUGGGAUUGGAUUAUACUACUGUUAGUUUUAUAUACGGCUGUUCUUACACCAUAUUCAGCCGCCUUCCUCCUAAACGAAGAUGAAAUACGGAUGAAGCUAAAUCGGGACGCCGCCACUAGGAAUCAAAAUGCCGAGAGAAACACGGCUGAUCCUUUGGUUAUUGUAGAUUUAAUCGUAGAUAUAAUGUUUAUAGCAGACAUUUUGAUCAACUUCCGGACUACUUAUAUACAAAACGGCGAAGUUGUCAGUGAUCAGCAGAAAAUUGCCAACCAGUACGUGAAGGGCUGGUUCGUUAUCGAUACCAUUGCUGCCAUUCCUUUUGAUUUGCUUCUUUUUGGUUCUGGAACCAGUGACACAAUGACAGUUACUGGAAUCCUAAAACUUGCUCGAUUAUUGAGGUUAUUGAGGGUUAUUAGAAGAAUUGAACAAUUCGCUCAGUAUGGUGUAGCUGUGCUCCUACUUUUGAUGGUGACUUUCACAUUAAUUGGACAUUGGCUAGCUUGUAUAUUUUACGCAAUUGCUAACGUAGAGCGUCCGCAUCUACAUGCUAGUAUCAGUUGGUUAGAUGUGUUAGCUGGCACCACUAAAAGACCAUAUUUUGUGAACGAUACAACGAGUGGACCAACAAUACGGUCAAAAUACAUAACUGCUUUAUAUUUUACCUUUACCAGUUUAACCAGUAUCGGAUUUGGAAACGUGGCACCAAACACCAAUGCUGAGAAAAUAUUUUCUAUUUUUGCCAUGAUGCUUGGAUCCUUACUGAGUGCUGCCAUAUUUGGUAACGUAUCUUCUAUCAUGUUGAGAUUAUAUCAAGGUUCUGAUGAAUACCAUGAAAAUGUCCAGAGUAUCAAAGAAUUCAUAAUAUUUCACCAAAUACCAAAAACUUUAGCCAACCGCUUGCAAGAAUCCUUUCAACAUUCGUGGACCUAUACUAACGGUAUCGAUAUGAACAAUGUUUUGAAAGGUUUCCCCGAUUGUCUCCAGGCAGAUAUAUGUCUUCACCUAAACCGUAAUUUGUUAAAUAAUUGUCCAGCUUUUAAAGGAGCCAGUCCAGGUUGUUUGCGAGCGUUGUCACUAAAAUUCAAAUCUACCCACGCACCUCCAGCGGACACGUUGGUUCAUCCGGGAGAUAUAAUAACAGCAAUAUACUUUAUAGCUCGUGGUUCAUUAGAAAUAUUAAAAGAUGAUAUAGUUAUGGCUAUUUUAGGUAAAGAUGAUAUAUUCGGUGAAGAUAUUAAGAACAGCGUGGGUGUUGGAAAAUCCAUGUAUUGUGUUAGAGCUUUGUCUUACUGUGAUAUUAAUAAAAUAGAGUUGGACGAUUUCAAAGAAAUACUACAAACAUAUCCAGAAUUCUCAGAGAGUUUCAUGCAGCUGUUCCAAGUUACCUUCAAUCUCAGAAAGGGCACGUUGCUAGAGCGAAAAGUAAAAGCCAAGAUGGAAGAUGAAACUUUACGGUUUAUACGACAACGACGACCACGCUUACAAUGCAAGCGACGACCUACAGACUCCGAUGUUAGUAGUAGAGGACUGAGACAGAGACGAGCUAUGGGUUCUGAAGGUAGAGAUCGAGAUCGAGAUCUUCUAGACCUUUCUGGAAGUGAAGAUGAAGGCGUGGGUAUUCUCGAACUAUCAGCUGCCGCUACCACAGAAGACGUUGGAGAUGACGAUUUUGCACGAAAAUCAGAAAUGCCCCGAAAAAGUUCUCAAACGUCAAUAGCUGGUGCCAUGUCUAACCUUAUCAGUGCUGUUUCUGGUAAGACGAAGAAAGAUAAGCAAGGCACAAGUAGAGAAACCAGACCACUUCUACCCAGAACAUCUCAUGGGCUUCCUAAAAAGGAUAUUACGUCAGACAGCUUAAUUGGACAACCAGGAUUAUCACCAAUAGCCUCAAGCGGAACUACUUAUACUCCAAAAUCAUCAUCCAGUGCCGGCCAAAUAUGGAAGUUCCCGCAUAAUAUCGAUUACGAAAUCCGACAGCAUACAGAAAAGGGCAGUAUUCAUUCCUUGGCCGAUAUUGAUCAUAAACUCGAGAGUUUAUAUGAGCGAAUGCAUAAUUUUGAAAACGAUUUGUACACGACCGUCGACGCCAUAUUGGAGAUAUUGGGGCACAGGCCAAAGGUGACGUUGGAUUCCACGGAGGUGCCGCUGUCGCCCACAUUCAGGGGAGAUAAAUCUGUUCGGCCCAAAGCACCCAGACUUGUUCGAUCACCAAGUGAUCUGGAUCGAACGUUGAAACAUGUCGGCUAAAGGUGUUAAUGAUGUUGGUUGUUCCAAGUAUGGACUAGAAAGUAUGAAAAUUGGUGUUAAUUGCUGUCUGAAAACUGGAAAAUCCAGACAGAACGAUUUAUACGUAUUACAAAGCGAGUUGUCAGCUAAUUCGUUUGAUCUGCUUGCAUCAAGCUCUUCAACAAUACUAAGGUCGUAAGUUUCUUUUGAGUGGUUAUUUUGAAAAAGAAUCAAAUGUAGAUUUAUUUUCGUCUGUCGUCUAUAAACAUUCCCAUUGUAUAGGUUUUAUGAAGAACCGCUAGUUUAUACAAAGAAGGGACAUUUGUGGCUUUAACAAUAACGGAGUUACCGUUCCUCGUUGUUUGUUUUUUUCUCAGUGGUUGUACUGAGACAGUGACCAGUUAAAUGAACUAAUAGCUGUGAUAAAAGGACAUAUAGUGUAUUCAUAUGCCAAUAAGAUAAACUGUACAUACAUAAUUAUUAUAUAUUAAAUAACGAGAUAAAUAUACUACUAUACGUUACAACGAUAUUGAGUUUAGUGAAAUAUAUAUUGUCAUGUGAUAUAAUUGUAUAGAUUUGAGUUUAUGUUAAAUAUUAUACAUCUUGUAACAUUACAAUAUGUUUUGACCUUUGACAUUGAUCUGCUGUGUAUGUUUAUUAUAUAUAGACACUGUGUAUUGCUUGGAUUUUUAAAGGGCAUUAAAAGAUGCCUCGAUCAUUAUAUAUUAUGUCUAUCAUUAUUUGUGGAAGAUUGCAUAUAAUGCAUGAUAACUAUCACUUUAGAACAAACAAAAUGUAUCAUAUAUUGUAUGUUUAUUGUAAUUUUGAUUGAACAUGAAUGUUUAUAUAACUAACUCCCUGUAUGUCCAUUAUGCUGUCUGUUUCCGGACAACAACUUCGCAAUCCUUUUGAUAUUUAGGUAUUUUAUCCACAGUUUUAAGAAUAUAUUGUUGAAGAUAAUAAUUAUUGUUGCUAAGUUGGAUAACUGGUGGUGUUUUUUAAAAGAAAGAAUGAGCAUAUCGUGCCUCGUACACGACACUCGUCACAACUAAUAGAUGUAUGAAACAAUAGUUUGGAGCUGCAUUUCUAAGGAAGUUAGGGGGUAGAAAUUACCCCGGGGUCAAAGGCCACCAGCAAAUUCACCAGCCCAGUUUAAAUACAAAAUAAACCCGACUGAUUGCGCUUACCCCCCGAGGAUCGCGGAACAGUGUUGCCAAUUAAUGUUGAAUCAGUGACCGAUAUCGUGUAUUUACUUUGUCCUUUAAGAUUAUAAUUUAUUGUCCUUGGUGCAUCCAGUGGAUUUUGAAGAUAUUACUCGUGGAAUUUGAAUUAUACAUAAUUGGAAAAUGAUUUCAUUCCAUCAAAUUAUCAGAAAUUGGGUGCCCGAAGAUGUUAUCGUGGUAAUAAUGUUCCUGGAUACGGGAAUUCCAAAGAAAUAUUAUAAUAUAAUUAUAUAUAUAUGUGUAUUUUAAGUCUAUUAACAGGUUGUAUUUGGAUGAAUAUGUAUUAAGAUUAUAAUUUAUUGUCCUUGGUGCAUCCAGUGGAUUUUGAAGAUAUUACUCGUGGAAUUUGAAUUAUACAUAAUUGGAAAAUGAUUUCAUUCCAUCAAAUUAUCAGAAAUUGGGUGCCCGAAGAUGUUAUCGUGGUAAUAAUGUUCCUGGAUACGGGAAUUCCAAAGAAAUAUUAUAAUAUAAUUAUAUAUAUAUGUGUAUUUUAAGUCUAUUAACAGGUUGUAUUUGGAUGAAUAUGUAUCAAAAAAUGUUUAGUUUGUUAAUGAACAUACGAAAUCUUUAAACAUAUCUAAUUGAUUAUGAAAUUUGUAUUGUAUCGCCUUUGUUGUUAAUAGAUGUGCAUGACUAUCAUUAUAUAGAUAUGAUAUACUGGCUUUAUAUAGAGUUUUGAUAUAAUUAUAUAUUAUGUAUAACGUGAUAGAGAAUUAUAAUACAUAGUAAUUUUAUAGUAAAA